AAUUUAUAGAGAUUUCAGUGUAUAUAAAAAAAAGUAGCUUCUUCUUCCCCGAUUCUCACCGUUGUCUCCAGCUCUGGCUCAUUGAUCCGAAAAUCAGUGGAUCAUCACUUGGAUCUCGAAUCCUUCCGUCUACUCAAAGAUCAUCCCCAUUGGACAAUCUUCUCCUCCGUAGGACAGUGUCGGGUGAGUAAAGCGGACACACACACACACUUGUUGUUUUCAAUCGAUAAAAAUGGCGCAGAAUCUUAACUUGACUCAUCUCCCCGUCCCUCCGGUCACUCACCGCUCUAGUUUCCCCUCCACCUUCACCUUCGGCGUUGCCACUUCUGCUUACCAGAUUGAAGGAGGCUGGAAUGACGGUAAGAAAGGGCCAAGUAUAUGGGAUAAGUUCACUCAUCUCGAAGGGAAGAUUCUUGAUGGAAGUAAUGGUGAUGUUGCUGUGGAUCAUUACCAUCGAUACAAGGAAGACAUUGAACUAAUAGGACAAUUAGGAUUCAGUGCUUACAGAUUUUCCAUAUCCUGGUCUCGCAUUUUCCCUGAUGGCUUGGGAACUGAAGUCAAUGAAGAAGGCAUUGCUUUCUACAACAAUCUUAUCAAUGGACUUCUUGAAAAGGGUAUUCAGCCGUUUGUAACUCUAUACCAUUGGGAUCUUCCAUCACAUCUCCAGGAAGCAAUCGGAGGUUGGACAAAUAGAAAAAUUGUCGAUUAUUUUGGCCUGUAUGCAGAUGCUUGUUUUGCCAAUUUUGGUGAUAGAGUGAAGCAUUGGAUCACAUUAAAUGAACCUCUUCAGACCUCGGUGAAUGGACACUGUAUUGGUAUAUUUGCACCUGGAAGAAAUGAGAAGCCCUUGAUCGAACCAUAUUUGGUUUCACAUCAUCAGAUUUUGGCUCAUGUAACUGCUGUUUCCAUAUAUAGAAGCAAGUACAAGGAAAACCAAGGUGGACAAAUCGGUUUGUCAGUUGAUUGUGAGUGGGCUGAGCCAAACUCAGAGAAACUGGAAGACAAGGUUGCUGCGGGUAGGCGAAUUGACUUUCAACUUGGAUGGUUCUUGGAUCCUUUGUUUUCUGGAGACUAUCCUGCAAGUAUGCGCCAGAAACUUGGAGACAGUCUUCCUAGAUUUACUCCAGAAGAAAAGGAGUUAAUGCGUCAGAACUCAUGGGACUUUCUUGGCCUAAACCACUACACCUCGAGGUUGAUUUCUCAUGUCUCAAACAUAGAAGCUGAAAGUGACUUUUACAACGUACAAGAAAUGGAGAGGGCUGUUGAAUGGGAAAAUGGAGAGCCAAUAGGUGAAAGGGCUGCUUCCGAUUGGCUUUAUGUUGUACCUUGGGGAAUCCGAAAGACUUUGAAUUACAUCAGCAAAAAAUACAACCAACCUCCAAUAUAUAUUACUGAGAAUGGUAUGGAUGAUGAAGAUGAUGGAUCUGCCUCUAUUCAUGAUAUGCUGGACGAUAAGCUUAGAGUUGCCUAUUUCAAGAGUUACCUUGCCAAUGUCUCUUAGGCUAUCAAAGAUGGAGUGGACAUAAAGGGAUACUUUGCAUGGUCGUUGCUGGACAACUUCGAGUGGGCGCAAGGGUACACCAAGAGAUUCGGUUUGGUAUAUGUAGACUACAAGAACGGUUUAACCCGUCACCCAAAAUCAUCUGCGUAUUGGUUCAUGAAAUUUCUGAAAGGUGAUGAAGAGAACAAAGGUAAAAAGGAUUGAAAACAGAAAAAGGAAAACCAAAGCUACUACUACUUCAUAUAAUGUUGAUUACUCUUUGCUUUGUAAUCCCAUGGUUGUACAAGCUUUUGCUAGAUCAGCUCAAGGUUGUUGAAGACAUGUAUUAGGCUUAUAUGAUAUGAUAAUGCUGCUGAUAAUUUUAAGAGUGAAUGAUGAUGGGCUCUUAAGAUAGACAAGUACAUGGGUUUUCACCAUUCCCAGCUUGGUUCCUUUCGAUUGGUUUGUGAGAAUUGCUACAGAAUCGAAAUCAAAGUGUCCGAGUUUUGUUUA